CCGCCCCCUCUGGCCCAACCUGCCGGAGAGCUCGGCCGCGGUCCGCGGGGAGACACCAUGCAGCGGGUCCUGUCAGCGGCGACGGCGCGGGCCGCGACCCCCGGGACCCGGGCCUGGGUCUGCAGGCGGCACAGAGCUCACCAGCGGGCUGGUCCGCCUUCGCUCGGCGGAGGCUGGGUGGGAGGAGGCCUGGGGCUGGGGCUAGGGCUGGGGCUGGGGCUGGCGCUCGGGGCGAAGCUGGCGGGCGGGCUGAGGGGCGCCACGCCCGCCGCCCCCGACCCGGAGACUACGCCUCCGGCCGAGCCGCUGCAGGACCCGUCCCCCGCCGCCGGGUCUCUGCAGACCCCCGCGCCGUCCCCCGCCGGGCGCUUCGCCAGAGCCAUCGAGAGCAGCCGCGACCUGCUGCACAGGAUCAAGGAUGAGGUGGGCGCACCCGGCAUAGUGGUUGGAGUUUCUGUAGAUGGAAAAGAAGUCUGGUCAGAAGGCCUAGGUUAUGCAGAUGUUGAGAACCGCGUGCCAUGUAAGCCAGAGACAGUCAUGAGAAUUGCCAGCAUCAGCAAAAGCCUCACAAUGGUUGCUCUUGCCAAAUUAUGGGAAGCAGGGAAACUGGAUCUUGAUAUUCCAGUACAACAUUAUGUUCCCGAAUUCCCAGAAAAAGAGUAUGAAGGUGAAAAGGUUUCUGUCACAACAAGAUUACUAAUUUCCCAUUUAAGUGGAAUUCGUCAUUAUGAGAAGGACAUGAAAAAGGUGAAAGAAGAGAAGGCUUAUAAAGCCUUGAUUAUGAUGAGAGGGACACUGGCAUCUGACCAAGAAAAAGAAUUCAAAGAAAAAGGAGGCAAAAGACAUGAAAAGGAUGACCUUGCUAAAGCUAAGACAGAGUCAGACAAUGAAGCCAAAUGCCGGAAUUCAAAACCGGGCAAGAAAAAAAAUGAUUUUGAACAAGGCGAAUUAUACUUGAAAGAAAAGUUUGAAAAUUCAGUUGAAUCCUUAAGAUUGUUUAAAAAUGAUCCGUUGUUCUUUAAGCCUGGUAGUCAGUUUUUGUAUUCAACUUUUGGCUAUACCCUCCUGGCAGCCAUAGUAGAAAGAGCUUCAGGAUAUAAGUAUUUGGACUAUAUGCAGAAAAUAUUCCAUGACUUGGAUAUGCUGACAACUGUGCAGGAAGAAAAUGAGCCGGUGAUUUACAAUAGAGCAAGAUUUUAUGUUUACAAUAAAAAGCAACGCCUUGUCAACACACCUUAUGUGGAUAACUCCUAUAAAUGGGCUGGUGGUGGAUUUCUGUCUACAGUGGGUGACCUUCUGAAAUUUGGGAAUGCAAUGCUGUACAGUUACCAAGUUGGGCUGUUUAAGAACUCACAUGAAAAUUUUUUACCUGGAUAUCUCAAACCAGAAACAAUGGUUAUGAUGUGGACACCUGUCCCUAACACAGAGAUGUCUUGGGAUAAAGAUGGUAAAUACGCAAUGGCAUGGGGUGUGGUAGAAAAGAAACAGACAUACGGUUCUUGUAGGAAGCAGCGGCAUUAUGCCUCCCAUACUGGAGGUGCAGUGGGUGCCAGUAGUGUCCUGCUGGUUCUUCCUGAAGAAGUGGAUACCAUGAAUAACAAGGUUCCCCCAAGAGGAAUAAUUGUUUCUGUCAUCUGUAACAUGCAAUCUGUCGGCCUCAAUAGCACUGCUUUAAAGAUUGCCCUGGAAUUUGAUAAAGACAGAUCAGACUGAUCUCUUAACAUCACAGGUGCAAAAUAAACAUUUUGAAAUAUUAAAGUACCAAAAUACAUGAGCUUUUUAAGAAGAAAUUUGUAAUAGAGUACAAUGAAUGCAGAAAAGUAUGUACCUCUACUUGCUUAAUUUUGUAACUGUCUUAUUGUAGAAUUAGUUCUUUAUACUCAGGGAAGUAGCUAUUGUUUCUACUUUUUGGAAAAAGUGUUAACUCUUGAAAUAAAAUAUUCUGAUAAAAACA